AUGGCUGAAGAUGAUAGCUUUAUUGGUCUUAUAGCUUAUUUAAAGCCACAUUAUGUCAUACCUAGCCGAAGAUUCUUCACUGAGAACGUUCUGCCAGACCUCUAUGAAGAACUACGAAAGAAUAUUGCAGCUAAGGUGGCAAAAGUUGACCAUGUUAGCUUCACAUCUGAUAUCUGGACAUGUCCAUCAUCUCAUGAAACGUUCCUGUCUCUCUCUGCUCACUGGAUCACUGUGGAAUAUGUAAGGAAGAAUGCAGUCUUCCAUGCGUCCCACUUUUCCAAAUCGCAUACAGGUGUGAACAUCGCUGACAAGCUCAUGAACAUGUGGGAGGCUUGGAAUCUAGAUGCUCAAAGAAGACGUGUACUCGUUAGAGAUGGUGCAACGAAUAUGUUGCUUGGAAGCAAUCUGUCUGAAAUCGAGUCUAUUCACUGCUCAAUACACAUCAUCCAAUUCAUCAUAAACGAUGCCAUUCUCUCUCACAAGAAAGAUGUGUUGGUGAAAAGCCGUAGAUUGGCUACACACUUCAACCAUUCUGCUAAAGCCUGCAGUGAAUUCAAAGCCAUCCAGUCGCAGACUGAAAGUGAAAUGGGAAAGGCACCACUAAUACUACUGCAAGAUGUUCCGACUCGUUGGAACAGUGCAUACCUUAUGCUGAGGCGGAUGGAAGAACUGAAGAGGCCUUUGCAGCUUUACCUCUCUGACCAUGAUGAGCUGCCAAAUUUCUCUUCCAGUGAGUGGCAAAUUAUAGAACAAGUUGUCACCAACCUUCAGCCCUUCUCCCAGCUUACUAUUGAAAUGAGUGCCGAAUCAUGCCCUCUCUCCACCGUUAUCCCAAGUGUAAGCACCCUGGCAAGAUUCUUUGAAAAGACCGCUGACAAAGAAGGCAUCAAAAUAACCAAGCAGAGACUCCUGUCUGCACUCCGUACUAGGUUAUUCUGUGCUUCUAGACUAGAAGUUCUGCUAUUGAUAUCAUGA